AUGGCUGCUUCUCCAACGCUCGCUAUUCGGGCGCCAGGAUCGCCUCCAUCUAUCAAGCAGGAACCUUUGACUGUUGACGCAACCCCAAACUUCAAGAUCUCUGCCGACUCUGCGUUGAAUGGGUCUAGUGCUGAUGCUCGGGCUGCUGACAACGAACGCCCACCCACUACUGCAUCUCCUUCUCCGACUGUCCAGGAGCCAGAGUCCAAAGAGUCCAAUGCUCGAGGCGGUAGUGUUGCUGACUCCAGUGGUGCCGGCAAAGGCGACUCUUUUCGCGACAGACAGGCCAAGCCCAACAAGGUCUACAUUGGUGGCCUACCUACGAAUACCCGAAUCGAGGAUCUGCGUUCUUGCUUUGGCAAAAUAGGGACAAUAGUUCAAAUUGAACUGAAGAUUGGUUAUGGCUUCGUUGAAUUCGAUAGCACCGAAGCCGCAGAAGAAAGCGUUGCGAAGUACAACGAAGGCUACUUCAUGGGUAACAAAAUUCGUGUUGAAAUAUCCCAUGGCGGCAGGGCCACACGUUCAACCGCUGAAGCCGGAACGUGCUUCCGCUGCGGUGACAAUGGCCAUUGGGCAAGGGAGUGUCCCAAUGCCCCGCCUCCCGACGCAAGAGAAUCUCAUAGCCGUCGCUCUGAGCCUCCUCUUAUUGACCGGAUUCAAAGGGACUAUCCGCCUCCUAGAGACCAUCCCUCAUAUCGUGAUGACUAUGGACCAUCUGGACGACUUCCACCUCCUCCAAGGGACUCUAGGUACUAUGACUAUCCUCCUCCUCCUUCGAGGGACUACCGUAGGCCAGUGUCACCUGCAAGGGACUAUCGAGACUAUCCACCGCCUCCCCCGUCUAGCCGCGGUAGGGACUACGACGACUAUCGACGUGCUCCUCCUGUACAUGAUCGUGAUAGAUAUCCUCCCCCUCCCCCUUCUGACUAUCGUGGCAGCCGAUAUCCUCCUCCGCCUGACAGUUACCGUGGCUAUGCUGCUCCUCCAGCAUCCUACCCUUAUGACCGAUAUGAGAGAAGAUCUGUGGAUCGCUAUGUAGGGCCUCCUGCUCCUCCUCUUACUCCAGUAGGACGCCCGCGUACUCCCCCUCGCCAUGCUCGGGACGAUUAUGACCGACCCCCUCCUCCAAGGGACUACCCUGAGUAUCGUGGUCGACCAAUCACUCCUCCACCUCCGCGUUACCCUCCUGACUAUGCAAGGACUGGUAGCGUGGAGGUUAGUACUCGGUAUAGGUAUGAUGGCGCCAAUUCUUCUCUGAUGAUAGGCUCUGACGCUCUUGUUGUAGACGCCGCUCGGAGAGUCCCCCUCCUCGUGGAGCGUACGAACCUCCGUAUCCAACUGGCCCUCCUCGGGAUCCAUAUGCUGCCGGCUAUGGGGCUCCUCCGCGCGCUGGCUCGCGAGACUACCCACCUUCUCGAGGCCGCGAAGUUGAUUAUCGACGACCUUGAUCUCCUCGAUCUGAUUCGAUGA